CCGCGCGUUCCUGCUGCCUCGGCUGGAUUUGAAAGAGGGAAGCGGUAGCAGGAUAACGCCGAGCGUCAGCUUCUCAUUAUUUCCAAUGAAUUAUCAUCGCAUUCCAGCGCCUGCCAGCUGACGACUGCGCCGCAUAUUUCCCCGUGAAAACAGGAUUUUGUUUCCAGGCUGCGUUUCCUUGAGCGGCACUUGAUCACCUUGGGUUAUGGCGCAGACAAACAAUUAUGGGCAAAGCAGCAACGGAGUGGCUGACGAGUCUCCCAACAUGCUGGUUUACAGGAAGAUGGAGAACAUCAUCGCACGAAUGCAAGAUGAGAGGAAUGGCAUCCCUAUCCGCACAGUAAAAAGUUUUUUAUCGAAGAUCCCAAGUGUCUUUUCAGGUAAGGACAAGCAGGAUAACAUGGGGGAGGGCGGCACUGUCUCUGUUUCUCCAGUGGAGGCGCUGCAUCUCGGCACUCUGAUGGCGGCCCACGGCUACUUCUUCCCCAUAUCGGACCACGUGCUCACGCUGAAGGAUGACGGGACCUUCUACCGUUUUCAGACUCCGUACUUCUGGCCCUCGAACUGCUGGGAACCUGAAAACACUGACUACGCGGUUUACCUCUGCAAGAGGACAAUGCAGAACAAAGCCAGGCUGGAGCUUGCAGACUACGAGGCUGAGAGCUUAGCGAGGCUACAGAGGGCGUUCGCACGGAAAUGGGAGUUCAUAUUCAUGCAAGCAGAAGCACAAGCAAAAGUCGAUAAGAAGAGGGACAAGAUUGAGCGCAAAAUCCUCGACAGCCAGGAGAGAGCCUUCUGGGACGUGCACAGACCAGUGCCCGGCUGCGUAAACACAACAGAAGCUGACAUCAAGAAGUCCUCGAGAAUGAAACAGCCGCACAAAACAAGAAAGUCGGUGUACGGGCUCCAGAAUGACGUGCGCAGCCACAGCCCCACCCACACUCCCGCGCCGGAGGCAAAGCAGCCAACAGAGGAGGAGCUGCACGACAAGAUUCACUUCUGGCAAGUCCAGCUGGACAGGCAUCGAUUGAAAAUGUCCAAAGUUGCGGAGAGCUUGUUAAGCUACACUGAGCAGUACAUCGAGUACGACCCGUUCCUGACGCCACCGGAACCCUCCAACCCCUGGAUCUCGGAUGACACGACAUUAUGGGAGCUGGAAGCCAGCAAGGAGCCAAGUCAGCAGAGAGUGAAACGAUGGACCUUUGGGAUCAACGAGGUGCUGAAGGACCCGGUGGGCCGGGAGCAGUUCCUCAAGUUCCUGGAGUCGGAAUUCAGCUCGGAAAACCUGAGGUUCUGGCUGGCCGUCCAGGACUUGAAGCGGAGGCCCAUUCGGGAGGUCCCCACCCGGGUCGAGGAGAUCUGGCAGGAGUUUCUUGCGCCCGGAGCUCCCAGUGCCAUCAACGUGGACUCCAAGAGCUAUGACAAGACCACGCAGAAUGUGAAGGACCCUGGACGUUACACCUUCGAAGAUGCUCAGGAGCACAUUUACAAACUGAUGAAGAGCGAUUCCUACAGUCGCUUCAUCCGGUCCAGUGCCUACCAGGAGCUGUUACAGGCUAAGAAAAAGAAAAGUAAGAACUUGUUUUGAAGGAGAUUGCUUCCAGGGAAGAUCACUUACUUCAAAGAGGCUAACAAGUCUUGUGCAAUCAUGCUAAAACACAGUCAUCGUUUAGCUUGGAAGAGGACCAUCGUUUCUACAUUGUUGUAGUCUACAGUUUAUUCUGACGAACCACUUGCUGGUGGGCCAAUUGUUGCAUGUCCAAGGAACUCUUAUUUUUUUAAAUAUGUCCCCUCUGUGAGAAAAAGGCAUUCUGGACUUCUAGGAGAAGAUGAGAAGAUGCAUAUAAUGCCUUCAGAGAAAGUUAUUUCCCUAGUUACAUAUCAGCUGGAUCUGUGUGUGUCUGCAAGCUGAGAAAGGUGGGAAAAAAUUGUGUUUUCAAACAUGGAGAAAAAAAAAAAUCAAAAGUUGAGAGGGAGAGACCUCUGCAUAGGAGAGUGUCCUGAAUCACUGAUCUGUCACAGUGUUGAAACAUUAGUGAUGCAUAUAUUGUAUUUUAAUUGGCUUUUAUUACACUGUCAGAGAUUAGCGAUUUGUCACACGUGUAACGUCUCAUUCUGAUAAAGAAAAACGCUGUGUCUUUGUCCUAGGUGUGUCUGUAAUUUUGUUACUGUUUCUUGCAUUAUUUCUACAACUCCAUUCCCAAAACAGUUGGGACGCUGUGUGAAAUGCAAUGAAAAACAGUAUGCAAUGAUUUGUAAAUAAUAUAAGCCCAUAUUUGAUUGAAAAUAGAUCAGACAAACAGCAGAUGUUGAAACAAAUUUUGUUUUAUGACAAAUAUAUGCUCAAUAUGAAUGCCAGCAACACGUUUCAAAAAAGUUUGGACAGGGGCAACAAACGACUGGAAAAGUUAUGUAAUGCUAAAACAAAACACCUGCUUGAAUAUCUCAACUAAUUAGGUUAAUUGGCAACAGGUUAAUUGGGUAUAAAAAGUCUCUGUACAGUGAAGAUGGGGAGAGGUUCACCCCUCUGUAAAAGACUGUGAACAAAUAGUGCAACAAUUUAAAAAUAAUGUUCUUUGGAAUUUGGGAAUUUCAUCAUCUACAGUACACAGUAUCAUUAAAAGGUUCAGGGAAUCCAGAGAAAUCUCUGUAUGGAUGGGACAAGGCUAAAAACCAAUACUUAGGCGGCACUGCAUUAAAAACAGACACGAUUCUGUAGUGGAAAUCACUGCAUGGGCUCAGGAACACCUUCCGAAAACCACUGUCUGUGAAGACAGUUUGUCGCUGCAUCCAUAAAUGCCAUGCAAAGAAACCGUAGCUAAACACGAUCCAGAAACGCCGCUGACUUCUCUGGGCCCGAGCUCAUUUAAGAUGAACUGAGGCAAAAUGGAAAACUGCCCUGUGGUCUGACAAAUCAUAAUUUCAAAUUCUUGUUGGAAAUCAUGGACGUUGCGUCCUCUGGGCUAAAGAGGAGAGGGGGCAUCCAGCUUUUUAUUAGAAGACAGUUUAAAAGCCAGCAUCCGUGAUGGUAUGGGGGUGCAUUAGUGCCCAUGGCUUGGGUAGCUGGCACAUCUGAGGAGGCACCAUUAAUGCUGAAUGAUAUAGGAUUUGGAGGAACACAUGCCGCCAUCCAGACGUCGUCGUUUUCAGAAAAGGCCAAACCACAUUCUGCACGUAUUACAGCAGCAUGGCUCCGUAGUAGGAGUCUGGGUCCUAGACUGGCCGGCCUGCCGGCCAGAUCUGUCACCCACUGAAAACAUUUGCCGCAUCAUGAAACAAAAAAUACGACAAGAGAGACCCCGAACUGUUGAGCAGUUGAAAUCCUAUAAACAGGCAAUAAUGGGACAACAUUUCACUUUCAAAAC